AUGACAGAGUCUUUGAAGGAAGAAACAGGGAAAAUUCAGUUAAGUAUUCCUUCUACAGACACUGCUUUAGAUCCAAAACCAUACACGAUUUAUUUGUUGCACGUACAGUUGGCAGUACGGUUUUACGUGUUAAAAAAGAGAUAUUCAGAGUUCCGUAUGCUUCAUGAAGAGCUUUUAGAAGUGACAGGACGGAUUCCUCCCGUGGAAUUUCCGCCAAAACAUUAUUUAUUGAAUGUUUUAUCAAAACCAUCAAUGAUUGAAGAACGUCGUAAAAAACUUGAAACAUAUGUUGUAGCUAUUCAAUGUUCCGAGGAUGCAUGUUGGAGAUUAAGUCCUUCUUGGAGGCAGUUUUUAAGACUUCCUGUUUAUGUAUUUGAACGACAUAUUGAUUUAGUCGAUAAUUCAAUAGUGCAAUGUCCUGAUCAGCCAUGGAUACGUACGUUUCAUCAGACGAAAUUGCUUCUUCAAGAAGCUAAACGUGAUAUAUCCAGACAGAGAUAUUCAGAUGGCGUAAUUGCAUCUCAGGCGAUUCGGGCUGCCUCUAUGAAAGUUUUUUCGGAUGUUCGGAAGGCAUUAGAACGGUUGAAUCAAGACCUCAAUGAUACAAAUGCCCAAAUAACUAUUGGAGAGAGAGAACUAUGGCGCAGGAAGGACUUACUUGAUGAUAUGAAACGAGAAUGUGAUUUUUUGGAACAUAUUAUUCAUACUAAUAAUCAGGCCAAACAAGAUACGCCAUUAGUGACUCGAUCAUGGCAGGAUCAUGAGCAAGUUUUAUGGCGUAAUACAAGCAGGAUACCAGAAACAGGACGGACGCGUGAAUUGAAUACUGUAGGGUUAAUUCAUUUGCAAAAAGAUAUUCUUGCAGAGCAAGAUAAACAGCUGAGUUCUUUUUUGCCUAUUUUAAGAGAACAAAAAGAUAUGAUAGCGGCAAUUUCGGACGAAUUGGAUAUACAAAAUGAUAUGCUGAAAGAAUUGGAUGAAAGUGUUCAAAAAACUAAUAUAAAACUCAAAUCAGUGAAGAAAAAAUGUGAACAAAUGAAAUAG